AUCCUACGCACAUCCGCGCCUAGACGUUUUGAUAGGUGACGCCGCCGAUGCCAGACGAUAUCUCACCCGGGUUGCGGACUGACCGCUCGGGUCUCGCAGCUGGGAUCGUGCAGGUCUCGGUGGUAUGGCCCUCCGAACAACUCACAGAUAGGUAUCAGCAAGAACAGAUAGGCAGAGUGUGUCGCGGCAAGUAUGCCGCUACCCAGCCUUCUAAUCAAGCAGCAUAUCCACUUCACGAGCCAUGAUGGGACAUCACAGUUGAAGAAGGCGGGCUGUGACAGUUGUCGCUGCAAACAACUGGGGCUAUAGAGCCGAUCAAGUCGAGGGAUGGGACGGACCGUCUUGAGACGGAGAACUCCUAGCUUCUUUUUGUCCUCCUUACCAUUUCAUGUGAUACGGGAGCCGUUCAGCAUGGCGCAAUAUCGCGGUGUCACGUCAUUUAAAGGGGCUCGCGACUAACAGGCUUCAAUCUUCGCUAACAAGCUCAGCUCGACUAAUAUCUACCGUCUUACGUACAUCCAGCCAAGACUUUUCCAUCAGCGCGCCAGCCCCUUACCAGCUCGUUCCAGACAUACAGAGAACAGAACGGCCUGUAAACAAGCCUGUACGUUCACAGUACCACGAAAGGCAUAGACGCAGACCCCCUACUCCGAGCUCCAACCAACAGGAAGAAGCAGGUACUUUAUCCAACAAAGAUGUCGUCCACCACCGCCUCUGAACCUACUCCCACAGCUCUUCCCAUCAAUCAACGGACGUUCACGCUGAACAACGGGGUCAAGAUGCCAGCCGUGGGCUUCGGCACCUUUUCCAACGGGGGCGUAGAGGGCGAGACGUACCGGGCGGUGACGUGCGCGCUCGAGGUCGGGUACCGGCACCUGGACUGCGCGUGGUUCUACGAGAACGAGGAGGAGGUGGGCGCGGCGGUGCGGGACUUCCUGGCGCGGGCGGGGGGCGCAGUGCGGCGCGAGGACCUUUUCAUCUGCACCAAGGUGUGGAACCACCUGCACGAGCCGGACGAGGUGCGCUGGUCGCUCGAGUGCUCGCUGCGGCACCUCGGGCUCGCCUACGUCGACCUGUUCCUCGUCCACUGGCCCGUCGCCGUCGAGUCUGACGCCCGCCGCCAGCCGCGCCGCGGCCCCGACGGCCGCUACGUCCUCAAGCCGGGCCUCACGGCCGACCCGGAGCCCACGUGGCGGGCGAUGGAGGCGCUCUACGCCGAGGGCCGGGCCCGCGCCAUCGGCGUCUCGAACUGGACGGUCGGCGGGCUCGCCGCGCUCCUCGCGCGCGCCCGCGUGCCCCCCGCCGUCAAUCAGGUCGAGAUCCACCCGUUCCUGCCCAACGGCGAGCUCGUCGCCUUCUGCCGCGCGCGCGGCGUCGUGCGCACGGACCCGGCGCUCAACGCGGUCGCCCGCCGCGCCGGCCGCGACCUCGCCCAGGUCCUGCUCGCCUGGGGCGUGCGCCGCGGCUACGCCGUCCUCCCCAAGAGCGCCACCCCCGCCCGCAUCGCGAGCAACUUCGACGUGCCCGCGCUGUCCGACGCCGACUUCGACGCCGUCGAGGCCGUCGCCCGCGGCCGCCACGUCCGCUUCGUCAACAUGAAGGACACCUUCGGCUACGACGUCUGGCCCGAGGAGGCCGCCGCCGAGGCCCCCCGCGACGCGCAGGAUGGGAACUCCUCCGCCGUCGCCGUUGCGUAA